GUCUGGUUCACAGUGGGGAAUGGGCAGAUGGUGCAGAUGGACUCCAGUAAGUCAGGUUUUGUUGGUGAACAAGUGGAGCUGCGUUGCCUCUUCAUAAACAGCAAACCACCGGUGAAAAUCUCUCAGGUCACCUGGCAGAAGUUUCUCAACGGGACCAAGCAGAAUGUGGCUAUUGCCAACCCGGCUUUGGGCGUGUCCGUGCUCCCGCCCUUCAAAGAGCGAGUCAGCUUCAAGAACCCGGCUGUGCGCCAGCGCGCCCCCUCUCUGGAGGACACCACCAUUGUCUUCAACAACCUGCGGCUAUCUGACGAGGCCGCCUACAUCUGCGAGUACACCACCUUCCCCGCUGGAAACAGGGAGAACAUGGUUAAUCUCACCGUCUUUGCACGACCAGUGACUCGCAUGACCCUGACCACACCCACUAUCGUGGCCCGGGGUCAGAGGCGUAAAAUGACUGUGGCCACGUGCCAGUCGGCCAAUGGGAAGCCUCCAAGCACCAUCCAAUGGGAGACCAAGCUGAAAGGCGAGGCUACGUUCCAGGAAACGCGUAACCCCAACGGGACAGUGACCGUUCGCAGCAACUACGUCGUGGUGCCAAGCCGCGAGACUCACAAACAGAAACUCACCUGCAUCGUCACGUACCGCAGCGAACGCAUCACCGACAGCGUCGUCCUCAAUGUACAGUAUGAGCCAGAGGUGAAGAUUGAAGGAUUUGACGGGAACUGGUAUCUGAACAGACCGGACGUCAAACUCACCUGCAAUGCAGACGCUAACCCGCCCGUGACCGUCUACCAGUGGAAAGUGUUGAAUGGAUCUAUGCCUAAUAACGUGGAGAUCAAGAACAACACUCUGUUCUUCAAAGGCUUGGUCACGUAUGAUCUGGCAGGGACGUAUGUCUGCGAGGCCACCAACAUCAUCGGGUCACGUUCAGGGCGCGUGGAGGUCAACGUGACGGAAUUCCCUAACAACCCGACACCCGAUGACCGGCUCAUCACGCCAGAGCCGAACACUUCAGGGGCUGCCAUUGGAGGCGCAGUCGGGGGCGUGGUCCUGCUGGCUGCCGCCGGCACGCUCCUCGCUGUCUUCCUACGCAGACGCCAGCGCACAUUCAAGGGUGACUACAGCACCAAGAAGCACGUUUUCGGCAAUGGCUACAGCAAGGCAGGAGGCCUGCCUGCGCACCCACCCAUGCCAAAGAACCUGCAGUACCCCGACGAUUCAGACGACGAGAAAAAACCUGCCCAGAUCGGCGGAACCGGCGUUGGGUUUGAGGCCGGUGAACGGGAUUUCGACGCAGACGCCGAGGACCUGAAGAGGCCCUAUUUUACUGUGGAUGAGGGUGAGAGCCGUGACUACGGAGACCGGACUCUCUCUUUCCAGUACGACCCUGAGCCCGAAAUCGCCGACGACAUGGUCUCCCAAACCGACGGCUCUGUCAUUUCCAAGAAGGAGUGGUAUGUGUAG